AACUGCAUUCUCCGACGAUAUCAUUCCGCUCGUCCCCGCCUUAAAUGGAUCGUACCCAUGGCUGAAGCCGCCGGACUUCCUUCUCCUCCUCGGCAGAGAGGCGGUGAUGAACUCAUUCACGCAGAUCAUUAUGAUCCUGCAACGACAAGCCCAGAUAUCCCCACAUUGGAAACGGACUCUCCCGGGAAGGUUAUCCGAUCAUGUCAGAGCGAGGACGACUCUCCACAUUGUUCCCCAUCUUCUUCUCCCGAUAUAUUGUCGGGAGGAUCUCCUGCGAGAUCGAUGGAGGUGGAGGAGAAUGUAAUCCUCAUUCCGACCACAAUCUAUGAGGACAAGCGCGAGGAUGAAGGGAAAUUGGGAAUAGAAACCCUCGAUCUGGGGGAGAUGCCGGAAGAGGUCUCGAGGGAGUUGUCCUCGAUCGAUCCUCCAGGAAUGGAGGAUUCAGAUGGCGAGAUAGCUGAGAAUGAGAUGUCGUCGAGGAAGGAAACCGAUCGCCCCCGCGAGAUCGAGGGGGCCAUUGAGGAGGGACAAGAAGGAUCAAGGCAGAAGCAGGAAUUCGAGGCGAGAAUGGAGGAAGUACUCGAGAGGGAGAGAAAUCUCGGGGAGAGGCUAGCGGCCGCUGACAUUCGGAUUCUCGAAUUAGAGAAGGAAAGGGACAGUCGGAAGUAUGUGCUGGCAGAGCUCUCCAUUUCGGUUCGGCGGGCGUGCGAUGUGGUUGAUGGCAUUCUCAAGAAACUCCCCGUGGAAAGCUCUGGAGUAAUCCAGGAGAGCGGUGAUGGGAACAAUGGAGAUCUGAACUUGGAUACCGAAACGAGGGAUCUGGUCGGCAGCAUUAAAUCUUUGAACGGUCUUGUGACGGCUGCAGAAACCGCCUUUAUGGAGUAUGAAGAGAAGAAUAGAAAGGAGAAGAAGGAAUUGGAGAAUAGCGUGGUGAGCCUAACAGAGGAAGCGAGGGAUAUAGGGGUUCUGCUCAAAGUAGCAUUGGCGGAGAAGGAGGCCGCCGAGAGGUCUCUGAAUAAAUUGAAAGGAGGCGGAGGCGAGCAGAAAAGAGUGGCCAUAUUGCAGAUAGCGGAGCGGGGUUUGCAGAGGGUGGGGUUUGGAUUUAUGAUGGGUUCGGGUGCGAGUGAGGCAGACAGCAACGGGGUCGUGAGCUCUGGCACCAAAGUAGAGGGGAAUGAGUCUGAAGAAGAAGUCGUUAGUCUGGCAUCCACUAUUGAAAAUAUGAUGAAAAAUCUGCGGCUUGAGAUAUCUGAACUGCGAAAAUCUUUGGACGAAUCAAGGGCAGACAAUGAGCGUUUGCAGCAACUAACAGAGAAGCAAGCCCAAAAAUUAUCCGAGAAUCAUCUGUACAUAAAGGACUUGGAAGAAAGAGAAAACGUGUUAACUCAAAAUGUUGAGGAACUCAUGAUGGAAAUAACGGAGGUUGAAGAAGAUGUCGUUAGAUGGAGAGAAGCUUGCGAAUUGGAGGUGGAGGCAGGGAAAAGUGUCAUUCAACAAUAUGACAAAGAGACUGCUACUCUCAAGGAAGAACUGGAAACGACUAGGGCCUCACUGGAUUUGGCAAACAACAAACUGAAGCUGAAGGAAGAGCUAGCCUUUACCGCGAUGGCAGCACAAGAGGCUGCAGAGAAAUCUCUCCGGCUAGCAGAUACUCGUUCCGCAAUUCUCCAUGAGCGAAUCGAGGAGUUGACAAAGCAGCUGGAGGCUGUGGAGAGCAGGGGGGAUCACAGCUUGCGUAGGAGAAUCAGACACGUGUGCUGGCCAUGGGAAGUGCUCAAAGCAGCCCCUGGAGUUUCACGAAGGAGGCCAAGCCGGAGAAGGUUGUCAGACAUGGAGGGGUUGUUGCACUAUCCCGCGUAAUGUACAGCGUUCGUUAGUCAGUCAAACGGGACCGUGCUACUUUACCUCCUGGCCUGGACCCGCGGGAGCUUCAGCAGCAAAAUUUGUACAUUGUUCCUUGAUCGGAGGUGAUCUGCUUGCCCCUGCUUUGCGUUUGGGUUAAGGAAAGAUGCGCACAAAAAUUUAUUCGAGAUCCGUCACAAAAGUGUGGUGAUCAGAAGUACUUAUUUUACAUUAUCAUAAUUCAUUGCCUUUCCGGAGAAAAUAUACAGAACCCUCCUUGUAUAUUUCUGAGAGGAAGUGCUUAUAUAUGUUUUGUUUUCCUGUAAGCUUAUAAAUGUAAACUAUUCUAUUUCUUUUGGAUUUGGUUCGGAUCCACCCUUUACUGAAUUUGACUUUGCACAAGAAAGGAAAGGGCCAUGGGUUUUGCUACAA